AUGUGGCUGCUGCAAGGUCGAUUCGCCGAAGACAGCCGGCAGGAACUGAGCAAGGUGCUCAAGUGUGGCCAAACUUACACCCUCGGUCGCAAGAUCCCAGCCGACAUUGUUGUUGAUAGCAAGUUCGUAUCGCGCACCUCCUGCCACAUCGCCGUCGCUUCCGAGGACACUAUCGCAAGCCAGGUGGCCACCGUCUCCGAUCCCUCAGCUUUCCACAGCAAUGUCGCUCUACGGCCUCGAGUCACUAUCCGUUUCGAAGCCAACAAGAGCAGAAAGACCUUUGGCGUAUUGCAGCAACCAGACUCGUCUCGCAGAGCUCCUACCUCGGAACUGACAGAAGUGCAGGUGCCUGCCGAUCAAGACCAUCCGCUCUCCGAUGGCGACUCGUUUGCGCUCACCACCACCAUCUCCUUGCGUCUGGUCUGGAAACCCAUUGCGGUCUGCUUCGCCGCCAAGAUCAAAGAGGUCGCCAUCUCGCCCUUGCGCAAACCUGCACUCCAGCUCGGCAUUCAUCUCUCGCCCGCCAAGUCACGCUGGCGCGAUGGAUACACCCAUCUCUGUCUAGCUCAGAUCAAGCCCACCGAAUCGGUGCUGUGUGCCCUUCUGCAAGCACGCCCGAUUGUUACCAUCGACUAUUUCAACGAGCUCUUUCGCCGGGCAGAGCUGCCUCGUCAUGAUCCGGCUUCGCUCGAGACUUCCUUCGAGGAGCUCGAUUUUGCCGUCUACCAGCCCGGAUUCGACCAGCAAGAACUCAGCGACCUUCCAGACAUGCAGCAGAAGCUGCUUCCACAAGAACGCCGCACUUACAUGCUCAAAGGCACAACCUGCGUCGUAUUUGCUCUGCCCAACGAAGAGUCGGAACUCUCCAUCUACAAGAGCAUCCUCUCCGUUGGUGGUGCUCAUGUCUUUACACACAAUCCUCAAGCUGAGAACUUGAAGACGAAAGCCGACUUUGCGCAGCUGCUCAUGCCGUACAAGAACAGUGCCCUCUCGUACUGGCGCAACAGUGGAAGCAAAGCGCGCAGCGAGGCACCGGAUGAAGGCCUUGUGGUGCUCGUUGGUGCUAUGCACGAUCAUACACCCUGGAAGGAUGCUUGCACCAUUGCAUGUACGAAUCUUCGCAUCGCCAUGCCCGCAGGCUUCCACGCUAUCACCAAUGCCGUCUUUGCUGCUGAUGUGAGAGCGCAUCUCAAUUCCAUUCCGAACAUGUCGGAUGGGCAGGUGGAGGUAGGUCCUGCUGCCGAGCCAGCUACCGAUGGUGCUGCUCAGGCCAGUACGGAACAGGCUGCCGAGGCGGAAGUGACCGCGAUUGAGCGUGUUGCGGACCAGAUCUCUCCGCCGCCGGCUACUUCUGUUCCAGACCAGACAAGAAGGGUAAGUCCAGCUGCACAUACAGCAGAGCAGCGACCGACUGCGAUAGCAGAGCCGUCGGGCUCCUCCGGUGAAGCGUCAAGAAGGCGACUCACUCGCCGAACACGCAAGCCUGCCCAGGAUGCUGGACAGGUGAUUGCUGGCAUUGAGGAAGAGAUGGAACAAAGGGAAAGGCAGCUGCGGGAAGGCAACACUCACACACAGGCUGGCGUUCGUUACGCCGCUGAGACAUCAUCUUCACAGCUCACCCGGGUCGAGCGCAGUGGAUUGACAAGACGUACGGGCGCCAGUCGUGGCAAUGCGAGGCGGUCCGAUAUCUUUGAUGCCAUCCUUCAGCCCGGAGGUAAGGCUGCAGCUGAGGAGGGCGGCGGGUCUAACUCCCUCGCUGACGACACUCUCAACGGUAGUGAGGCAGCAAUCGGCAGGGCAAUGCCGAGAAGCAGACGGUACAGAAUGGAUCUAGACGAAGAAGACCGCGCUCAGAGCGAGUCGAUCGUGCAAUCGCAAGGGCUGGAAGCGAGUCAGAGCAAAGGCAACAAGAGGAAGUCAGCACCGCAGCGACAGGCUUCCGAUGCUGACCAGAUCCAGGACGACGACGCUGCAAUCCGAAGUCGUGCCUCCAAAAGAGUGCGCACAGAUGGUCCGGUCCCCGAGGAGAUCGGCGAGCCUGGCCCAAAUCAUGCGCACCCCAUGGACCCCGCACGUAUCGUUCGCGCCGAUGUCACCAACGGACUGGCCGGACUGACCAACGGCGCCGCACCCGACUCGGAGCCCCAAUUCUUGCAAGCGCUCAACACCCAGCGUGCCAAGGGCAAAAAGAUGGACGAUUUCGACGUUGAGUUCAACCGGCUUCAAAUUGCCAGACCAGGCUCACAGACUGUUUCCGGCUCACGCGACCAAUUCAAUGGCCCUCGACCUGGUAAAGGUGCACAGCAGGAGAGACAGACGCAGGGUUUCGACACCGGUUACGUUGACGAAGACUAUGAGGCGUUCAAGCAGAUGGCGGAGGAGGAGCUUCGUAUCCACGUCAGAGGCAACUUUGUACAAGUCGACUUUGUGCCUUUGGUGCGACAGAAGAAAGCGGUUGACGAAGAACCGCAGGUUACGCCAGCUUCAGGUGCGGACGUGCCUAACUUUAAAAAGUUCCGUCCGAAAAGCACUGCGGGGUCUUCGAGCAGAGCUGGCGCAAGGCCAACUGCGGCGAGGCUCCAGAUCGCAUUGACUCUGCCAGAGAGCAACGACUACGGCCUGGGCCAGUCAUACUGGGAGGACCAAGAAGGCGCCUCUGCUCCAGCAGCAGGGACGCUGUCCAAUUCGCGAGGCGGAAGAUCGUCGAGGGCUGCGGGCAGGCAGCGAAUUGGGUCGGAUGACGAGAGCGAGUCGAUCCAAAAGCCGCGAGCCAAGGACGCACCCGUCGACCUGGGAAAGGAUGGACUCGAUUCGAUGGAGUCUGAAGACGAAGGUGACCUGACGACGAUGUUGAAACAACAGCAUGAUUCGCGCUCGCAGCGGUCUGAAGGUAAGAAGGGAUCGACUACAGCGACAGCAUCGACUGCUCGUGGACGGAAAAGACCCGCAGCAUUGGUACAGGAUAGCGAUGACGAGACGAUGUCGCCUUCGAGCGCAUCUGUUGCUGCGAGUCGGAAGAAGCGCGCCCCAGCACGUGGGUCGAACAUGCUCAUCGACAGCGACGACAAUGAGGAUAGUGGGGAGGGCACUGACGACGAUGAUGACGGCAACUUUGCUGGGUUUGGGCGGUGUACGUCGACGAGGAGAAGGCGCGAUCCGCCUGCAUCGAGUAAGGCUCGAGCUCGCAGAUCCUUACUUUGA